AUGUAUAAAAUGGAAUAUUCCUACCUCAAUUCCUCCGCCUACGAGUCGUGCAUGGCCGGCAUGGACACGUCCAGCCUGGCCUCGGCUUACGCGGACUUCAGCUCCUGCAGCCAAGCCAGCGGCUUCCAGUAUAACCCCAUCCGGACCACUUUUGGAGCCACCUCGGGCUGCCCGUCGCUCACGCCCGGAUCCUGCAGCCUGGGGACCCUCAGGGACCACCAGAGCAGCCCCUACGCGGCAGUCCCUUACAAGCUCUUCACCGACCAUGGCGGCCUGAACGAGAAGCGGAAGCAGCGCAGGAUUCGCACCACCUUCACCAGCGCGCAGUUGAAAGAGCUGGAGAGGGUCUUCGCCGAAACCCACUACCCGGAUAUCUACACCCGCGAGGAGCUGGCCUUGAAGAUCGACCUCACCGAAGCGCGAGUGCAGGUCUGGUUCCAGAACCGGCGAGCCAAGUUCCGCAAGCAGGAGCGGGCGGCGGCGGCGGCGGCGGCGGCGGCCAAGAACGGCCCGUCCGGGAAGAAACCGGACCCGUCGCGGGACGAUGAGAGCAAAGAGGCCAAGAGCACCGAUCCGGACAGCACCGGCGGGCCGGGUCCCAACCCCAACCCGGCGCCCAGUUGCGGCGGGGGCGGCGGGCCCAGCCCUGCCGGGGGCCAGGGCGGUGCCGGAGCUGGCGGGCCCGGUCCGGAGGGGAGCAAAGGCGCCGCGCCCCCCGGCUUGGGCGCAGCGGGGCCCGGGCAGGGCUGGGCUGCGGGGCCGGGCUCGCUCGCCUCCAUCCCGGAUUCCUUAGGCGGGCCCUUCGCCAGCGUCCUCUCCUCCUUGCAGAGACCCAACGGCACCAAAGGCACCUUGGUGAAGAGCGGCAUGUUUUGA